AUGAAGUUUCCUCCCAUACGACGUCGAAUGAGAUUUGAGAAGGAUUUACGUAGUAUUAUCCAGCUUGGCCUGGGCUUCAUGUUGAUAUUUUCAGCCUUCAAUAGCCAAGGAAUGAUUGAAAUUGCUGUUAUCAAAAAUGCUGCUGAAAAACAUCCGGCUUCAGGUAUAACCGAACAAUCCGGUUAUUAUAGCUUGGCUAUCAUUUACCUGACUUUUACAUUUUCAAAUUUGCUUGCACCUGCUAUAAUAAAUGUUAUAAGUUCGAAAUGGGCAAUGAUUUUUGGAGCUUUGGCAUAUUGUAUCUUUAUGCUUGGUUUCAUAUAUCUGAAUAUGUAUUUUCUUUAUAUAUUUUCGGCACUCACAGGUUUUGGCGCUGCAAUGCUAUGGACUGGGCAAGGGGUCUAUCUCACAACGUGGUCACGAAUUGAUACUGUUGCACGUAACAGUGGUAUUCUUUGGGCUACGCUACAAUCAUGUUUCAUUUUUGGUGGUCUCUUCCUAUUUUUCAUCUCUUUUUCGGGUUCUAUCGUUUCUUCGGUGAGCUUAAUUUAUGCAGUAUUUUCUACGGUUACUUUUAUUGGUGUUAUAAUAUUAGCACUGCUACCGACGAAACCUGGUGGAAUGGCAUGUUCUACUGGACAUUCUGAUGGAGAGAGAGAUGAAGGUGUAGUGGAAGAGGAAAACAACGUUAGUAUUGUUAAUGGUCGAAUUAAUUUUGAAACGCGAUCAGUACGUGGUACAGUAACACCGCAUACUGUUGUUCUAUGGAAAGACGAAUUCCACAAUACACUUCGUGUGGCGGUUACUCGACGAAUGUUGCUGCUUGCCGUGGUGUUUAUGUAUACGGGUAUAGAAAUGACAUUUUACACUGGUAUUUAUUCAGCAUGCCUUGCAUCAUUUGGACGGUUGAGAGAUAAUGGAUUAAUCAUUGCCUACAACACUCUUGCUGUUGGAGGAGGACAAGUUGUUGGUGGUCUUGCGUUUGGUGUUUUCGCAAAUAAAUCGGUUGCUUAUGGUCGCAAUCCAAUAAUCCUUUUGGGUACUGUUGUUCAUCUGUUGACCUUCUUUUUUAUUUUCUUGAACGUUCCGAUGGAGGCACCGUUGCAUAUAACAUAUUCGGAAGGUUACAUUGAACCAAACUAUUCAUUAACCUUGAUUUGUGGUUUUAUGCUUGGUUUUGCUGAUAGUUGUUGGAGUACACAGAUUUAUUCACUUCUUAGCUCUCUUUAUACCAUCAACAGUUCUAAUGCAUUUGCGCUCUUCAAAUUUUACCAGGCAUUUGCGGCUUCGCUGAGUUUCUUUUAUGGAUCUGUUUUGCUCUUGCACUGGCAACUGUUGAUACUUGCUGUGAGUGCUGUAAUGGCGGCACUUUGCUUCUUUCCGGUGGAAUGGGAAGCAAUUGCGCUCACUAUUCCUCCACCAAUUUUCUCAUCCUGA